UUGAAGGACAGUUAAACCUGUACAUAUAUAAAGUGAGGGCUAUUCUUGUUUAUUACCGUUCAGUUGGUUCAAAGGAGACUUUUGGAAAACGCCACUGCCAUGAGAGUCACACUAGUCCUAACUAUAUCACUUUUUGCCAUUUGUGCAUGGGCAAGACCAAGCAUCGAUGAUGGACAAUGGAGAGGUGAAGGUGUUUUGGAAGGCCAAUGGAAAGGAGAAGGUCUAGCAGAAAGCCAAGGUGGAAACGGAGGAGCGUGGAACCACUGGGAUAAUGGAGGUGAGGGUCAAUGGAAUCAGGGUAAUGAUUGGAACGGUGAUGGUGAAUGGAAUGAUGGGCAAUGGGAUAAUGGCCACGAUUGGAACGGUGGUGAAUGGGAUAACGGCCAAUGGGACAAUGGACAAGAUUGGCACGGUGGUGGUGAAUGGGACGGUGGCUGGUGAAUAAUAUAAUACCAAAAUUUACUUAUUUUCUUUCUAAUCUUCUUUUGUUGUAAAUAAAAAUUUUAAAAAUA